CCCUCCCCGGCUGCGGGAAGAGCCCGGCCGCCCCGCACCCCAGCCCCGCGGAGCCACCCAGAGUUAUGUCAUGCCCAGACCACCGCAGGGCUCCAUGAGGAUUUAUAGAAAAUGCCCCGGACCUUGGCGCCUCUGGUGCUCUUUCUGGUGUGGCUAAUGAAGAUCGAUGCCAGCCCCCACUCUCUGAGGAUUGCUGCCAUUUUGGACGACCCGAUGGAGUGCAGCAGAGGCGAAAGGCUGUCCAUCACCCUGGCCAAAAACCGAAUCAACCGAGCUCCGGAGCGGGUGGGGAAAGCCAAAGUGGAAGUGGACAUUUUCGAGCUCCUGCGAGACAGCGAGUACGAGACCGCCGAGACCAUGUGCCAAAUCCUCCCAAAAGGGGUGGUAGCUGUCCUGGGACCAUCUUCAAGUCCUGCUUCCAGCUCCAUCAUCAGCAAUAUCUGUGGAGAGAAAGAGGUCCCCCAUUUCAAGGUUGCCCCAGAAGAAUUCCUCAAGCUCCAGUUCCAGAGAUUCACCACUUUGAACCUUCACCCCAGCAACACCGACAUCAGCUUGGCUGUUGCCAGCAUCCUGAACUUCUUUAACUGCACCACUGCCUGCCUCAUUUGUGCCAAAGCUGAAUGCCUUCUAAACUUGGAGAAGCUGCUCCGUCAGUUCCUUAUCUCCAGGGAAACGCUCUCGGUCCGGAUGCUGGAUGACAGCUGGGACCCAACGCCACUACUGAAGGAGAUCAGGGAUGACAAGACUGCCACCAUCAUCGUGCACGCCAACGCUUCCAUGUCCCACAUCAUCCUUCAGAAAGCAGCGGAACUGGGAAUGGUGUCGGCCUAUUACACAUAUAUCUUCACUAAUCUGGAGUUUUCCCUCCAGCGACUGGACAGCCUUCUGGACGACCGAGUCAACAUUUUAGGAUUUUCUAUUUUCAAUCAGUCCCAUGCUUUCUUCCAAGAGUUUGCACAGAGCCUCAACCAGUCAUGGCAAGAGAACUGUGACCACAUUCCAUUUACUGGGCCAGCGCUUUCUUCUGCUUUGUUGUUUGAUGCCGCCUACACUGUGGUGAGCGCUGUGCAAGAGCUGAACCGGAGUCAGGAGAUCGGCGUGAAGCCCCUGUCCUGUGGAUCGGCCCAGAUCUGGCAGCAUGGCACAAGCUUGAUGAACUAUCUGAGAAUGGUAGAAUUGGAAGGUCUUACCGGCCACAUAGAAUUCAACAGCAAAGGCCAGCGAUCUAAUUAUGCCCUGAAAAUCCUGCAGUACACACGGAAUGGCUUCAGACAGAUCGGUCACUGGCACAUCACCAAAGGCCUGACCAUGGAUGACCAACUCUUCUCUUCUAAUGUCUCAGAAAGCCUCUUCAACACCACGCUCAUCGUCACCACCAUCCUGGAAAACCCUUACUUAAUGCUCAAGGGGAACCAUCAAGAGCUGGAAGGGAAUGACCGCUACGAAGGCUUCUGCGUAGACAUGCUGAAAGAGCUGGCCGAGAUCCUCCACUUCAACUACAAGAUCCAUCUGGUGGGCGACGGAGUCUACGGCGUGCCUGAGGCUAAUGGCACCUGGACCGGGAUGGUUGGGGAGCUGAUUGCUCGGAAAGCUGAUUUGGCAGUCGCCGGACUGACGAUUACCGCCGAGCGGGAGAAGGUGAUUGAUUUCUCAAAGCCCUUCAUGACUCUGGGGAUCAGCAUUCUCUACCGAGUUCACAUGGGGCGCAAGCCUGGCUACUUCUCUUUCCUGGAUCCCUUUUCUCCCGGUGUCUGGCUCUUCAUGUUACUUGCCUACCUCGCGGUCAGUUGUGUCCUCUUCUUGGUGGCCAGAUUAACACCUUACGAGUGGUACAGCCCCCACCCAUGCUCCCAAGGAAGAUGCAAUCUGCUAGUCAACCAGUACUCCCUCGGCAACAGCCUAUGGUUUCCCGUUGGCGGAUUCAUGCAGCAGGGGUCCACCAUCGCCCCUCGGGCUCUGUCCACACGCUGUGUCAGCGGAGUCUGGUGGGCCUUCACCUUGAUCAUCAUCUCCUCCUACACAGCCAACUUGGCAGCCUUCCUCACUGUGCAACGCAUGGAUGUGCCCAUUGAAUCCGUAGACGACCUUGCAGACCAGACCGCUAUUGAGUAUGGCACAAUCCAUGGAGGUUCCAGCAUGACUUUUUUCCAGAACUCCCGGUACCAGACGUACCAGAGGAUGUGGAAUUACAUGUAUUCCAAACAGCCGAGUGUCUUUGUCAAGAGCACGGAAGAAGGGAUCGCCCGGGUGCUCAACUCCAAUUACGCCUUCCUGCUGGAGUCCACCAUGAACGAGUAUUACCGCCAGCGCAAUUGCAACCUCACGCAGGUCGGGGGCCUUCUGGACACCAAGGGCUACGGGAUUGGCAUGCCAGUCGGUUCUGCUUUCCGCGACGAGUUUGACUUGGCCAUUCUACAGCUACAGGAAAACAACCGUCUAGAAAUCUUGAAGCGAAAGUGGUGGGAGGGAGGGAAGUGCCCCAAAGAGGAGGACCAUCGAGCCAAAGGGCUGGGAAUGGAGAAUAUAGGUGGAAUCUUUGUGGUUCUGAUAUGUGGUUUAAUCGUAGCGAUUUUUAUGGCAAUGCUGGAGUUCUUAUGGAGCCUUCGACACUCUGAACACACCGAGGUGUCUGUCUGCCAGGAGAUGGUGACAGAGCUGCGGAGCAUCAUUCUCUGCAAGGACAGUUUCCAACCUCGUCGGAGGCGAGCGGGUUAUACGAACUCGUCCUGUUAUCCAAGAAGAACGGAGAGCCGCACCACCACUACGCUCAGCAACGGCAAGCUCUGCGGUGGGGGCGACCCGGAUCCGCUGGCACAGAGACUGGCCCAAGAGGCUGCCCUGGUAGCUCGAGGCUGCACACACAUCAGGGUGUGCCCCGAAUGUCGGCGGUUCCAAGGCCUCCGGGCACGGCCGGGACCCGGGUCCCCUGCGCAAAGUGACGAGAGCUUGGAAUGGGAGAAAGUUACAAACAGCAGCGAGCCCGAGUAAGGGCGGAUAGGGGUGCAGCAGAAGCUAAUGUUCCAUUUUACAGAACAUGAGACUUGUACACAGUGUUGAACUAUUUUUAAAUUAAUAAAGCAGUUGCCCCCCAGCUUCCCAAGGGCAAAUCAAAGCUUUGGGCUGGGGGGAUGAGCCCAAUGGAACUUUUGGUUACCUGUCUUGUAUGAGAGA